UUUAGCAGACAACAGACAGAUAUGGGAAACACCACAAACACCUCCCUGCACACAAUGGUGACAGAAUUCAUUCUCCUGGGCUUAGCCCACCCUCCAAAUCUGAGGAUUUUCCUCUUCCUGAUGUUCUUCGUCAUUUAUAUUCUGACUCAACUGGGAAACCUCUUCAUUCUGCUUACUGUGUGGACUGAUCCAAAGCUCCAUGCACGCCCCAUGUACAUUCUUCUGGGUGUGCUCUCACUAUUGGACAUGUGCGUGUCCUCAGUUUUUGUUCCUCGGCUUACUCUUAGCUUCACUCCUGCCAGCAAGGUAAUCUCCUAUGGUGCUUGUGUGACUCAACUUUAUGCUACUCAUACUCUAGGCAGCACCCAGUGUUUCCUUUUCACUUUGAUGGCCUAUGACAGGUACCUGGCUAUUUGCUGGCCUCUACGUUACCCCAUGCUCAUGAACAGGAAGUUGUGCAUCAUCCUUGUUGCUGUGGCUUGGGUGGUUGGCUCCAUCCAUGGGUCUAUCCAGACCACACUGACUUUCCGCCUGCCUUUCUGUGGGUCCAAUGAGAUCGAUUGCUUUUUUUGUGACAUCCCUGCAAUUUUGAGACUCGCCUGUGCUGACACAUCUAUCAAUGAACUGGUAGCCUUCAUAGAAAUUGGAGCUGUGAUUGCCAUUUGUUUUGUGUUAAUUCUUCUCUCGUAUGCAAAUAUAGUUUAUGCCAUUCUGAGGAUUCAGAAUGCCAGUGGGAGACGCAAGGCCUUCUCCACCUGUGGCUCCCACCUCACCGUGGUCACAAUUUACUACGUUCCCUGUAUUUUCAUUUAUCUCAGAGCAGGGUCCAAAACUCCCUUGGAUGGAGCAGUGUCUGUGUUCUAUACUGCAGUCACACCUUUACUGAACCCAAUCAUCUAUACACUCAGGAAUCAGGAUGUAAAGUCUGCCUUGAAGAGAAUAACAGCAGUUCGAAGAACCUCAAGCGAAAAUAAGUAA